AUGACACCGUCAUUCCCUCAAGAACUCAAAGAACAGAUCGUAGACACCCUCUGGAACGACAGAGCCACAUUAAAAUCUUGCUCGCUCAUAUCACGUACUUUUACUCCCCCUUGCCAGCGGCACCUAUUCUCCAAAAUCAUCCUGCAAAGUCCACGGAAGACUGAUGUUCGCUGGCCAUUGGAGGGCGGGAGCUCCAGGAACUUUGAACGCCUGCUCAACGUGGCACCACAUAUCGCAGAAUAUGUGGCCUGUCUGGAGAUCUUCAACCCGUUUGCUGGAGAUAAACCCUGGAUCGUUGAAGAAAGCACAUUGGUAUCCUGUCUGCUCCACCUCAAGCAUCUGAAGGCGCUGGUACUAAACUACGAUCCAUACUGGGAGAGCCUCCCGGAACAACUCCGAUCUUGCCUCAAAGAUGCUAUGCAAUUGAAAAGCCUCGUCUACGUUGAAUUCUUCUGUCCUCCCCCACCUGCCCUCAAAUUCGGCCCAAAUGUCAGGCAUAUUGCCUUGCUAAAAACCUAUAUUGCAGAUCCAGAUUCUUUCCCUGGAAUGGUUGCCCAGAAUGAUACGCCUCUCCUGCUAACAUCGUUCAGUGUUUGGUGUCCGUUCGCCAUCCACGAUUUUAUGAGCGGGACAACAGUCUUCAGCAAGCUCACAAAGCUUGUUGUCGAUUUGAGUUUGAUUAGACUGGAGUCCCAUGGCAAUGUGUGGCCCCUGAUUCGGGCCUGCGCAGUGUUGCUGGAAGAAUUUGUGUUCAGUCCCUGCCCUGCACUCACUAAGGACCUGAAUGUCACUGGUGCUGGAGAAAUAAUAGAUCCAAGCAUCCUCACAUCGUUACAGCGCCUCUUGGUUCAUCUGACAGACGCAAUAUCUGACCCGUUUCCAUGGCUCGUUUCUUUCCUCUCCAAGCUCGCCUCGCCUCUCCACCCUCUUAAAGAACUCACGCUACACAUAUCAUUCCAGUUCCUGGGCCCUCUCCUUUAUCUCUCUGCCUGGAAGGCAUUCUCCGAUUUCAUUCUCACAGAUCCAUUCCAGAAACUCAGCAAAGUCAACUUUGAACUUUCGAUGGAAAGUCCCAUCUCCGAGGGAUACUCGGAUGUCACCUACGGUAUUCUCCGAUGA